UCAAAGAUGGCGAACGAUUCGUGCAUGUCGAAGAUGAAAUGAAUACCAAGGCAAUAAUUCGCGAUCGGCCUUGAAGAAAAUUUUAUAAACACUCUAAAACUAUCCAAAUGCUUAUAAACGACGCUAGAAAUUAAUUUUCUGGAGUACUAAUACGAGACGACCUAGCAUAUUCAACGGAAGAAUUCCUGUACUCCGAUCCUGUUAUUUUUGAGAAAAAAACUCGUUCUUUAAAUACAUCAUGGAUCCGAGUGAAAUAGAAUUUCUGGCAGAAAAACAGCCCGUCACUAUCCUACCGAACUUCUCAGAGAAGAAAAUGUAUUUAAUAGGGGGUGAUGUCGGUCCAUUCAAGCCGUCUUUGCCUGUAAAAGUACCUCUUUGGAUCGCAUUAAAUCUUAAACAAAGAAAAAAAUGCAGGAUUCAAGCACCAGACUGGAUGGAUGUGGAGAGGCUAAAAGAGCUCAAAGAAGAAGAAACCAAAGCAGAAUACUUUACAAAGAUGCCUUCAAAACACUAUAUGGAAGUUGCAACUCUCCUUCUCAACAGUGCUGUGGACGACAUUCCCCAUGCUGAUGAUGUGCGCACAAUUAUCAAAGACAUAUGGGAUGUGAGAAUAGCAAAGCUGAGAAAAUCCAUUGAUAUGAUGAUCAAUCAACAGGCUGUCCAUGCCAGGCUGGAUGACUUAUCAUUGAUGGAGAUCAACACAGUACGGUUACUCUUGACCAAAGCACUGGAUCACCUGCAUGACCUAAGGUGCCAUGCAACAGAGAAUCCUCCCUUGACGUGAUAAAUUUCAUUAGUGUCUCAUUAUAAUAUAGUCUUAAAGGAGUUAAAUAGUAUUGUCCUCUUGUAGCUAAACGCUGCAGGAAAAAGGUGUCUUGUGGGACAUAGCCUUGGUUUAUUAAAUUUGUGAAUGUGCCAAGCCUAACUCCUUCACAGUUGAAGAUUCUUGUGUACUGUGUGUGUGUUUGUAGUGCUAUAAUAUAUACAGCCUGGUGAACAGAUCUCAAGAUAUCAGUAGUUAGAAUGUUUAUUUUGCUCGUGAAAAAAUAGUCAACAUAAUACAUAGUAGUAGACACUAAUCCAUUGCUUUCUUUUGUUUUUCUUUGAAUAGAAAAUGUGCAUGCCUGAGGUGUGCAGUUAUAAAGCACACAGGGGUUGGUAGAACACAAGAGAAGUGUUAGGAGAAGCAUGGCAUGUAGCAGAGUGCUUCUCAACACUUCUCCGGUGUUCUGCCACUCCCCAAGUGCUUUACAACUCCACACAGCACAGCAGCCAAGCUCAUUUCUAUCAUAAAUACAAAUUACAACCAUUAUUUUGGAUAGAAAUGACGCAAUUGUAUGUGCRUACAAGUGCCGUGUACUCUCUAAAGCAGAGCUCCCAAUUGCAACCAAUCAGAAUGCGAGAUUUAUCACAGUUAUCUUAAAAUGACUGUUAGUCACUAAUWAUARAACUUUGUUUCACAGGGCCAAGUAAUUAAAUCACUCUAGUUGUCGACUUCAAAUAAAUAGAUUUAGAAGUUGA